GGAUUGAAUUUCAUCAACAUUACAUUUUUUUUCAAAAAAAAAAAGCUAUAACAUUGUCAUUCUUGUUUCACGAACAUUGUACAAGGUUGAAAUGAGCUGACCAAAAAACAAAUUUGAAAUGAAAGUGAUCACAGCAAGAUCCAAAUUCAAACAUUUUCCCUCCUUCCCUUUCUCGUCUUCAUCAACUACAUUGUCCGCCAUACCCAAACCAAGUCUUAUCAGAAUUCCUUUUGACCAUCCAAUCCCGCAAACCCUUUUUCAGCUACUAAAGCAGCGUCCUCAACUCCCUCAGCUUAAGCAAAUCCAUGGCAGAGUUUUCACCGUGGCACUUUCAUCUCAUUCUUCUUUAACCACCUCUCUUAUUAACUGUUAUCUCUCUUUGAAGGACCUCAACAGUGCUAGAACACUAUUUGAUGGUUACCAUUCUUCUUUGGCCCCCACUCUUGUAUGGAACCUCAUGAUUAGAGCUUAUUCAAAAUUACACAACUCCCAAGAAUCCAUUUCUCUUUUCAGUCAAAUGCUGGCUUCUUCUUUCCCUGAUAAUUACACGUUUACAUUCGUCCUCACUUCCUGUUCUCAUCAGAUAUCUUCACUCCAUGGAGAGAUUUUUCACGGGUUGGUGGUGAAAAAUGGGCUCGAGUCCAAUUUGUUUGUGGGCAAUGCGGCGAUUAACAUGUAUGCUGUUUUUGCAAGAACGGGAGAUGCCCGGAAAGUGUUUGAUCAUAUGUCUGAGAGAGAUGCUUUUACGUGGACUAGUCUUUUACGUGGGUAUGCGAAACGAGGGGAGAUUAACAAAGCUUGUGAACUUUUUGAUGAGAUGCCAUUGCGCAAUGAAGUGUCGUGGGCUGUUAUGAUAUCAGGUUUUGUUGGCUGCGAUAGAAAUAUUGAAGCUCUCGGAUGUUUUCAUGACAUGUUGUAUGAAGGCAAGGUGAAGCCAAAUGAGGCUAUCCUUGUUUCAGUUCUGUCUGCUUGUGCUCAUCUUGGUGCUUUAGAUCAAGGGAAGUGGGUACACAAAUAUAUAGAUGCUACUGCAAUCUCAUUGACCAAUAAUAUAGUUACUGCUCUAAUUGAUAUGUAUGCAAAGUGUGGAAAAAUAGACCGAGCAAACCAAGUUUUUUGUAGGAUUCCCAAACGGGAUGUCUUUAACUAUACAAGCAUGAUCAAUGGGUUAUCAAUUCACGGACGUGGGAAAGAUGCUGUUCAAGUCUUCUCUCAAAUGUUGAUGGAAAAUGUUAUGCCAAAUGGCAUUACAAUUCUUGGACUACUAAAUGGAUGUAGUCACUCAGGUUUAGUAGAAGAAGGCUCUUCGGUUUUCUUGCGUAUGGAAAGCUCAUGGGGAAUCACUCCUAAGAUUGAGCACUAUGGCUGCUAUAUUGAUUUACUUGGCCGCGCUGGGCAUUUGGAAAAGGCGUACGAAGUUAUCAGGAGUAUGCCAAUGCAACCUGACAUAGUUAUAUGGAGGUCUUUGCUGAGCGCUUGUAAAAUCCAUCGUGAUGUCAAACUAGGGGAGCAAAUUGCAAGGCAUAUUGAGCUGUUAGACCAUAAUGGACAUACUGAAGGCAAAGUGCUUCUCUCUAAUUUGAAUGCCUCUCUUGGUAAAUGGGAGAGAGUUGCAGAACUGAGGCAUUUAAUAGGUGAGAAAAGAAACCAGUCCAGCCCAGGGCAUAGCUGGAUUGAAGUCAAUGGAGUAAUUAACGAGUUUAGAGUUGCUGACCGAUCACAUCCUCGAAUUGCACAAAUUCGGGAAAAGUUAGGUGAAGUUCUGAAACGAGCUCAAUUAGGAGGCUAUAUUUCAAAUACAAGUCAAGUUUCCUUUGAUUUGAGUGAAGAAGACAAAGAACAAGCAGUCACUAACCAUAGCGAGAAGUUAGCCGUGGCUUUUGGGCUGAUGAGUACCGAGCCUGGGACUUCAAUUAGGAUUGUAAAAAAUCUAAGGACAUGUGAUGAUUGUCAUUCAGCUAUGAAGGCCAUAUCUAAAGUUUAUAAUAGAGAAUUAAUUAUCAGAGAUCGUUCUCGUUUCCACACUUUCAAAGAGGGGGCAUGCUCAUGCAAUGAUUAUUGGUGAUAUGUUCAGAAUACAGACAACUCUUACGUGAUGCUAUAAGUUUGUUGAACAAUGGCAAACAUCUAAUGGCCCGCAAGGAAGAGCAUUAUGUAUUAUUGUUGGAAUCUGAAGAGACCCAAAUGCAUAAUUCACAGAAGUUUCAUGCUUAGAAAAAGCUAUAUCUGGUGAGCUGGUUCAGAUUGUCUUACUCUAAAAAAGUUGCCCAUUAAGUGGAGCAAUAUUCCUAAAGUGAUAAAGUUAGUAAGAAAUGAAAUGGAAAAAGGGAAAUAGAGGGCAAAAAAGAUGGUAUCUUUAGCCUCUGUUUUUCUUGUUCCUGGAUGCUGAAAGGCAAGAAAAAGGAAUAUUAUAAAGAGAAACAAAAUGGCACGGGUGUGAGAAGUUUCUGCUACUUCCAGCGCACUAAAAGAAAAGAUCUUUUUUUUUUAUGGUGUCUCUCACUCUCUUACUCUUUAAAAGGUCAAAAAAGUAGUAGUACUACAGCUCUAAUGAUUGAUUACAGGUAAUCUUGAAACAUUUAUGGCUCUCUUUUCUGUUAAAAAAACAUACUUUGUGCUAAUGAAUGUUGGUUAUGUAUAUCAUAUGCAUUAUGAAGAUUAAUUCUCAUACUACUUUUUCUUUAGAGCUAUGCCGUUUUGUAUAUGAUGACUGCGUGCAUGCAUGAUAGACAACUUUUCUUCUAAUUAUUAUUAUU